AUGGAUUUGAAAGAGCAUGCUUUUUAUGUGAAGAUGGAUGCCAAUGGAAAUGUAUUACUUAUGUGUCUUUAUGUUGAUGAUUUGAUCUUCACGAGAAACAAUCCUAAGAUGUUGAAGGAAUUCAAGAUGAGUAUGAUUCGGGAGUUUGAAAUGACAAAUAUUGGUUUGAUGUCUCACUUUCUUUGUAUUGAAGUUGUGCAAAGGGAAAAUGGAAUUUUCAUUUCUCAGAAUGGCUAUGCAAAGGAGAUACUCAAAAGAUUUGGGAUGGAGUCUUGUAAUCCGAUAAACACUCAGGUAGAGAGUGGGUUAGAGCUAAGGAAGAGCACCAAUGGUGGCAAUAUAGAUCCAACUUACUUUAAAAGUUUGGUUGGAAGUCUGUGGUACCUUACUUGCACUAGACCAAACAUACUUUAUGGAGUUGGACUGAUCAGUAGAUAUGUGGAAGUACCGGAUCAAUCACAUCUCAAUGCAACAAAGAGGAUUCUUCAUUAUAUCAAAGGUACACUCAAUGAUGGUUUACUUUAUUCAUGGACUCAUGAUUUUGCACUCGUUGGAUACUCUAAUAGUGAUUGGGGAAGAGACUUAGAUGAAAGAAAGAGUACUUCAGGUUUUGCUUUCUUCUUGGGAAAUGCUGCAUUCACUUGGUCAUCUAAAAAGCAAGCAAUUUUCGCUUUGUCUACUUGUGAAGUAGAGCCUUUCCUCAAAGCUUGCAUCUUCAUUAAGAUCAAUCUCUCCCCAAUUGAUAACAUGUGA